AAUAUUCCAUGCAAGAUCCAAACAUUAACAUUGCAUACGUACGUGCUCCUUUUUAUUCAAAAGCUCACUUGAAUUACCAAGAAAUAUAGACUCUGUUUAAUUUACAACCCGAACAUAAACCACGAACAAAAAUCCAACCCAGCCACACCAACAGGAAAAAAAGAAAGAGUUUUUUUUGCUACAACAUGAGCCACUCGAUUGUUUGCAUUCACCAAUAGUAAACUUGAAACUCUGUAAACUCUUGACGCAAUUGAGAGAUCUCUUCAAGAAUAUCCCCUCCACGUCCAUCGCGAACUUCAUGCCCCUUGAUUUUGACAACAACCGUUUGUGCAUCUCCCAAGAAAGCCACCUCCGUGAGACCCUUCAAAGAACUCCAACGAAUUGCAUCCGGAACGCCAUUGCAUACGUGCUUCUGGUUGGAAGUUAGUGUAAAGCAAUUGGCAAGACAAAUGCUAACCGCUUUAUCAUCGUCCAUGUUGAACUUUUCCAUAUAAUUUCUCAAUAUACAUCUCUUAUUGUAUUCAUGCAGACAAAUUUCUUUGCUAGCCUCAAUAGAGCAGCAAUCCAAUGAAAUUAGUGAAUUUCCUCAUAAACAUGCAAUGACCCGAAGUAGAUCUAGCUGUAGCCUUAUAGUAAAACCAAAUAACAACACAAUAAAACGAAAUCACAACCAACUUUCUUUAUCGUUAAAUGUUCUAAUUUUUUGGCUUUUGUAUCCCACAUCAGAACAAAACUUUCGUUGUUUGAAAGGUCAAUAACCAACCUCCGUCGAAACUUGUAAUCACUCCGCCAAUGAUGGCCGAUAGAGGUUCAAAAUGUGGACUCCCACAUCGUUAUCUUUUCUAUAGAUGAAUUUUAGGUAAAUUAAAAUUUUGGCCACUAUAAAUGUUCACAGGUGUCACUCGAACUUGUAUUAUAUGACCAAAGUACGCAGCUUUCCUUCUUCUUAAGGAUUUUCGAAGCUUUUCUCCAACUUGAACAACUCGAAAUAAAAUGGAUAGAUAUGGAACACGAUCAAACAUAUUCCAACUCGUGUGAAAGGCCAAUUGGUAUAUGAAACCAAUCAAACAAUCACCCACUCGUGAAUAAGGCCAAUCGCUAUUUGGUAGAUGCUCGCCACAACUAGACACGUUCUUUAGUUGAUAAGGGACACGUGAAACUCCUGGAGACUCUCGACAGAAGCUUGCACAAACGUUGACAAAGGAACACGAGUAAAAAGUCUUACUGACCGUUUACUUGCCAUUCCAUUUCUUAUAGUUGCCACAACAGAAAACAAAUCAAAAUGAAAACGAAGCUAUCAUUUUUCGAGAAACAAAACAUGAAGAAAACUUGUUUAGCUGAGAAUUCUGGUGAGUUCUGAAAAUGAAUUCUGAAAAUGAAAACCUGUUUAGUUACUUCAUUAUGUUUUCUUGUCCUUGAUUACCACUAUUUUUUCAUUGAAUAUCAUACAACUCUAAUCAUAAUUAUAAGUUUUAAAACGAAUCAUAUUGCUUUCAAACCACUAAUUCAAUACAAAUACAACAUUUUACUGGGAGCGAUUUUGAUGGUGGAGUGGACAAAGAAAACAUCAUCUGGUGGGAAAGUAAUGACAUUAUUGACUCCGUUUCUCCACACUGAUCCCCUGACGGCUGCCGCCGAUGGGAGAGGGGAAGUGAUUGAGCUAGCCGUGCAAGGAAAUAUGAGACGGAGCAGCGAUUUGGGAGAGACGGGGAUCCUGAUUCAUUCAAUUGACGCGUAUUCCUGGCUCAGACCCAAAUUUCUACUCUCACUGGACGAGACUUUGACGAUCGGGGCGUUGAGUUGGGGGAGAGAGAUUCGUCGGAGGGAGAGGAAGAUGAAGAUGAUGGCGGCGUGGGGCUGGUGGUUGCUGGAGGGAGAGGAAGAUGAUGGGGCUGGUGGUGGUCGGGGGUAGAAGGAAUUGACGAUCGGCAGGCUGCUGGAGGGAGAGGGAGAGGGAGAGGGAGAGGGAGAGGGAGAGGGAGAUUGCGGUUCUUUGUCCUUUUCACAUUUGGACGACUUGGGCAGCAAGAAUGGACAUUUUGGGCUCCAAGAAAUGUUGUAGGCCGGAUUUUUAAUGCAUUCUCCAUUUUAUCCAUCAAGAAUGCUCUCAGUUGAUCCUUAAAUCGUUGAAUUUGAACCUUCAUUUUGGGACCACGAGAAUUGAAUAUCGCGCUAGUCGAUAUCACAUCAUUAAAAGUUCAAAUUUGGUCAUCGCUGUUAGUCUCCGUUAACUUUUAUUGGUGUGGCGGUAAACUCUCACUAUUGCCCGUUAAGUGAGUGACGUGGCAAUUAAAAAAUAAUAAAAUAUACUUAUUUUUUAUUUUUCACCUAAUUAUUAUAAAAAUUAAAUUAAAUAUUUUAUUUUUUAUUUUCUGUUUCCAUCUUUUCUUUGCAAACCCAAAAGAGAUGAGCUGGAGUAGAGGUCACGAACUCGGCCAUUGCGCCACCAUCAGCUGUUAAGUCAGCAGGGGUCUCCUAAUCGGAGUUCCAACAACGAGAAAAGAGGAUUUUAUCCUCAAUCAGCUCUCCUUAUAUAAUUGGAUACAGGGAAAUGGAAUACGACGGAGGAGGGCAGAGUUGUGUACAAUUUGAAGCUCGAGUACAUGCCCGGCGGCACGAUCGUCGACGAGAUUCCAGAUUGACCUCCAUGUAUGAUUCCGGCAACGAGUCGAACAACAACAACCUCGCAUCGCUCACCUCUGUUCUCCGAUUCAGAAGCUAAUCCAGCGAGGACUCCUCCGAACCAAAAAAAGAUACCAAGGCGAUUCCUCCGACGCCAUCUUCGAUCGAGCCAGAGGAGCCGAUGGCUCUGCUUCUUAUUAGAUAAUAAGGACCAUUCUGUAAAUAACCAAAUAGCUUAGGAUUAGUUCAGUAAAAGUAUAAUGUAAAU